UGGUACUGAAAUAUUUCUCAACGUAUAUACGUAUAUUGUGUACAUUGUACAAUACCGGUGUCUGCUUGACAUUGACUACGAAUAUUUUACAUUUCCCUCCAGAACGACCAAAAGAGAGGAACUCUUCCAAUCGUUACCUGCAAAUACUGCUUUUUUUGGGGAGAUUUACGCCGUAAAUAAUCCAUAUAGUUGGUACCAUAACAAACGAGAUGACUGUAGGCGAUAGAUGCUCGGUUGUGUUGCAAUUAUGCUUGUACUUCUUCACCCAAGCGUUUAACUUGCUCACAGACGUUGGCCUCUUCGUUGAUACAUCAAAAAUCCUACCAUCCUGUGACGAUGUUAUCAAUAGCAAUGCUACAAACGAAACUGGGGGAUAUGUUCUCUGUUCUGGUGGAGAUAAUUUCACAUCAAGUGCCUUGAAUAGUUCCAGAAACGAUCUUCGCACAUUACAAUUGACUAUAGCAGCAUUUUUCCUUCUUGGAGGGGUUUUAUUCCUAACUCAGCUUUUCAUGUACUUCAGAUACUAUUCAGCAACUGGCAGCCCGGAAUUCCAGUACGACGUGGACGAUUCGAAGUUCCUGAAACACUUUUAUAAAAUUCACGGCCUUGUUUUAGCCGUAGAAGCCAUACUGCAUGAUAUACCGAUGGGGUUUAUGGUUAUCGAGCUGUGUGUGAUGGUGUGGAAGCUUCCAAACUGUUGGGAAUGUGCUACGAUUUCUAGUAGUGUACCAGAGGAGUUGUCUUUGACGAAGACAAAUUUAUGGCUCGGUAUAAAGCUGGCUUCCCUGGUUCCCAUAACAUUUUAUAAAGGUAUGUUUCCAAUGUUCAUGUGGAUUGGCGGUCCGUUCUGCGGCAUGGAUUGCUACAUUUGUCGUGUUUGUACCGUCAUCCCUUGCGGCUUCGUUCUCACGGUGUUGCUGAUGACACCACUCUGUGGCGCGAUCUUACACCGCUUGGUUCCGAUUGCGUCGGGAAUCGACGACGGCAUUCCGAACACUGUCUGGUCGAUCGGACUUAUUUUCUGGGCGCUCGCAAUUAUUGUCGGAACCUUGUUGUGCCUGUGUUGUGUGCCCUCGUGUAGGGUUUGUUGCUUUAGGUACGGGCCGUGCAAAUGGUGCGGGCUAGACUGCUGUGGCUUGGGUGAGAAGAAACGAGAGACUAUGAAAGUUGAAGCGGACACCUAAUGUUUGAUGUAAAUUAUAGACUGUACUUAUUUUAUACUCCGGCACAGAAUGUGUCAUGAACUAUCAGAUUGGUCUUAUGUAAGAGAAAAUCAUUGCUCGAUCAUUUCGAUGAAGAUGUAACAAUUUAGAUGGUUUAAUUUUGACGAGAUUCUUCAAUUCCUAUGAAAAUACUUAGGGUGUAUAUAACCAGGGGUCCAGGGACGCUGGAACAAUUCAAAGAAAAGGGUAGAUUUUGUGAAAAGGAUCUUCUCAGUAUAUUAUGGUAUUGGACCUUCCAAACAACCCAUUCAAAGAUUAAUACAAAGCGAAGGGAAGUCUAAAGAUAUCGUUCUCUUUAUCGAUCAUAAUGUACCGUUUCUACAACCCCUGUGGUUCUGUUUGUGAAUUG